CAAACAUCCCGCCUUAGUUUCCCUCCAUAGUUUUCAUUUUGCUUUUCUCUUACCAACUUAAGUUAACAGUCUUCCUCUUCCUCUUGACUUCACCUGUUCAGAUGUUAGAUCUAGGCAACAUGUCAAUGUCUGCAUCUGUAGUUAUCGCGUCUUGCCCUGCUUUUCUUCCGGUGGCUUUAGGACCGGAACUAGCCAAAUCGAUCAAUUCCCCGGACAACAUAACCGGAGACUGCGAUCAGGAACAUGUACCGACGCUUCCUCCGAAUGAAGAGGCCGGAGACAUCGAAAACGCUGACAAAACCGCUGCUGGUACCCGGAAAAAGGAUCAGUCUGACCGUGGGAAGAAAGGGUCUGUUCUAGAAGAUCAUGUGAGGGAUUGGGUCAAGAGAAGAGUGGAUUCCGGAGUUCCGGAGUCGAAAUGUUUUCUCCCUUUUCUCGUUGGAGCCAAGAAAAUGAUGGACUGUCUUGUUUGCCAGAAGACAGUGUACCCCGGAGAAGAGAUAGCGUGCUCCGUCGGCGGCUGCAAAGGCGCUUAUCACUCGCUAUGUGCGAAAGAAAGUCUAGGUUUUUCGAAAUCCAGCAAGUUCAGGUGUCCUCAGCAUGAGUGCUUUGUCUGCAAGAAAAGAAGCCAAUGGAAGUGUGUCAAGUGUCCAAUGGCGGCUCACGACAAGCAUGCUGCAUGGCCAGAAGAAGUACUUCACCUGAAAGACCAACCAGGAAAAACUGUCUGUUGGAGGCAUCCAUCUGAUUGGCGACUAGACUCGAAGGAUGAAGUCCCAAAAAGUGAGAUGGAGGAUGUCUUUUCCCAAUUGCCUUUGCCAUAUGUUGAAGAGGAGUUCAACUUUGACUUCACAACGAAAGCACCUGCUGCGAAAGAAGAGCGGCCUCAUUAUGUGCAAAUCAAACGCAAUAUUUACUUUGUCAAGAAGAAGCGUGAUGAUGCUAAUGAUGGUGUUGGGUGCACGAAUUGUGGCCCUACUUGCUGUAGAAGCUGUGUUUGCAGGUUUCAAUGCAUAAGCUGUUCAGAGGGAUGUGGAUGCCCUGAAACUUGUGGAAACAGACCAUUCCGCAAAGAGAAGAAGAUCAAAAUUGUUAAGACCGAACAUUGCGGUUGGGGAGUAGAGGCAUUAGAAUCCAUCGAGAAAGAUGACUUCAUUAUUGAAUACAUCGGUGAAGUGAUUAGUGAUGCUCAAUGUGAGCAAAGGCUUUGGGAUAUGAAGGACAAAGGCAGGAAAGAGUUUUACAUGUGUGAGAUUCAAAGAGACUUUACGAUUGAUGCCACCUUCAAAGGGAAUGCGUCUCGCUUUCUGAAUCACAGCUGCAACCCAAACUGUGUAAUGGAGAAGUGGCAAGUUGAAGGUGAGACCCGUAUAGGUGUCUUUGCAGCUCGUGAAAUAGAAGAAGGAGAGCCACUGACAUAUGAUUACAGGUUUGUGCAGUUUGGUCCUGAGGUAAAGUGCAAUUGUGGUUCUGAAAACUGCCAAGGCUAUCUUGGGAGAAAGAGGAAAGAACCAAGCUGUAAGAUAUCUUGGGGAGCAAAACGCAGAAGAGUGUCUCACCGACCUUCAGCCGAUAAAUUGCAGAAAGAUUAGCUUCAGCAAGACCAUUGGUCUGUUGUAGUUCUGCAGUGAUCUUGUGGAAUUUUUAUCUUUUGUAUCACAGUAAACUUCAAUCAUCUUACCCACACACAUUAUUCUUUUGUAACACAGUAAACUUCAAUUAUCUUAAUCACACACAUUACGCUAAUUAGCGAAAACCAAAAUUUCUAAUGCUUCGAUUAUAUUGUUUGUUGUUUGUUUGAUUUGGUUUUACAUUCUAUAGUGAAAC